CACUACAUCCAUCAUUUAUUUAUGGUGUUUUUUUAACAUUUCAUGUUUGUGUUUCUCUGCAGUCUUUCAUCAACGGUCUGUUACCUGGUGAUGAGUAUGAUGUCCCUCCUCUGCGUCACUCCCCUCCCCUUUUGGACCACAACCAGAGACACACCAAGCCCUUCACAAGCCACCGGAGUCUGACGGAGAGAGUGGAGGACGAGUAUCAGAUUCCAUCCUCGCAUCCCGUCUGUAUCACACAGCCACCCGUCUGCAUCCCCUUCCGCAUCCCCAACAGGACUUUAGAAAACGGCUUGUCGGAUCUCUCCACAGAAUUAAAGAAACAUAAACCUCCAGAGCAUGGUGGGUUUGACUCUGGUUCAUUGAUUUCGGGUGUGGCUCACACCACACAGUGCCCCCUCCACAACAGGACGCCCUCAGACUACGACAUUCUACUGCCCCCUCAAGCGUCUCCAAUGGAAGACCCGUUCAACUCUCUUCCUCCGUCCCAGCCUCCUCCUCCUCCCCCCAUCAGAAACAGUUUCACAGAACCCUCGUCCUCCUCACCCUACCCCAGACCUGCCCGCCCCUCGUCUGGACACGACCACUUUCUGCUCAGCCCAGACACGUUCAUAGACACAUUGAUUAACUCGGCUCCUAAUCCCCCCGUGCGGAGACUAACCGGAGACAACAUGAAGAAGCCGUUCAGGGCUCCUCAAGACUACGAUCAACUGCCGCCCACCUCAGUGGCCGUAGAUUGCUUCAGGGCACCUGAGAGACCUCCUAAACCACUUCCCAGGAUCUUCCCGCCAGACAUCCACAGAAGACCGCACGAAUCGUCCCGGGAGAAUGUAGACGCCAAGAUCGCCAAGCUGAUGGGCGAGGGCUACUCAUUCGAAGAUGUGAAACGAGCGCUGAUGAUCGCGCAGAACAAAGUGGACGUGGCACGGAACAUUUUGCGGGAGUUUGCGCUAGUCGCCCCCAGGCAGGGCCCGUAACCCACGCUGAUAAAAUUUCAAACUACGACUGACUUUUGAGUGUACAAACCGCAGGCUGUCUUCCGCUUGCUUUCGUUUAGCGCACCCGGCAAACAAGACGAAAAUGUGCUUUUUUCGCCAAAAGGAUUGUUGCGUUUGUAACGACAGGAUCCUAUGAAAAAAAAAGCCUUGUGUUUACAGUGACGUGGCUUAUCUGCAGUACUCAGGUCAUCGUCAUUACAGCUCGGGAUGUUCAAGAGUGGAAUUGAAAUCGAAUUUUUCAUAUUUGG